AUGUCCGGCCACAACCUCCACAAUGCUCUCCUCCGCCCUCCCAUAAUCCAGAUCCUCAGGGCACAAGGCUUUCAUUCUACAAGACCAUCGGCUAUAGAAUCGCUAUCAGAUCUCACCGCACGAUACAUUAUGAUUCUUGCAUCUGCUACCGCCGCUCACGCCGCCAAUGCCCACCCCGAAGACCCGUCCCCAGUCCUCGAAGAUGUAUAUCAAGCUCUCCAAGACGCAGGCGCGCUCCGACCCCAGCUACGGGAAUGGGAAGAAGAGUGGCAGGAUGAAGAAGACAUGCGUGGUCUUGAAUCUUUGAUCGGGUGGAUUACAGGCCCGUCGCACCGCGAGAUUCGACGAAUUGCAGGCUUUGUCCCAAGUGAAGGCGAUAUGGUGGAUCCCGAUUCGAUUGAGAAGGAGGACUACCUUACGGCCUUGAAAAAGAAACACAGCAAGACGGGUGAGGAGUCCCGGUAUGCAGGUACGGUGCUUGGAAAGAAUGCUGAGGAACACCCGAUCACCAUCGAGGGUGGUGUCCCAAGUAUUCGCGAAUGGGGGCGACAAGUGCGAUCGCGUGCGCCAGCUAGCCCGGACAGCGACAGCUCGGGUGUCAGUAGUGCACCGAGCAACAUGUCAGACGGCCCGAUGGAAGUGUGA